CAAUUUGACAACCGCAGCAAAACAUGACCAGUCAUUUUCAAUUUCUCAGGGGUAAAAAACAAGAAAUCUCACAAACAAGAUACUGAAAAUAAAGAUUACUUAGAAGUACGCUUGGUUUCUUUCUUACGGUACAAUUUAGCGAAUUCUUACCAAUGGCUGACGCAUUAUUUGGUUGGGAUUUAACUUUUAAGACCGUGGAGAAAGACAUAAAGCGCAAAUCUGAUGUUAUCAUUGCAUUUAUUCAUUGGAACCUAACGAAGAAGGGAUUUAGGAGUAUUGGAAUAGGAGAUGAGAGGACUUUAUCUGGAGAUGAAGAAAAAAGUGAACUGUUACCAACUGGCUGGAAUGAUAAGGAAAAUUAUGCCUUGCGAUAUGUUUUCAACAACAAACUAUUUAUUUUACAUGGAUUGAGUACUGACGGCAAUCUCAUCAUCAAUCUCAUGAGAUCAGAAGAUUUGGCGGUGUCCAAUAUAGCUAUAAAGAUAGAAGAGACUGUGAAGGAUUUAUGUGGCCCUAUUGAUAAGAUUAUGCCCAAUCAUAAGGAGUUAAUAUACAAUGUGAAACGGGAUUUAAUUGACAUUGUCACAGAAAGAACCACUUCUAAUACUGAAACUCAAACUUCACGGAGUGAAUCAACUACAAGGAGGCCACCAGAAGAUCCACUAAGGGUUCCGCCCCGGCCUAUGCCUGGUGUGAAUCCCGACACCCCAGACCUAUGGGGAAUGCCACCACCCCGUCUGCCAAACAUUGGCAGUUCUGACCUGGAUCCGUUUGCGCCUGGCGGAGGCGGCAUGCUAUUCAACCCUUUUGAGCCUCGCAGAGACCUUGAGAACCCUGGCCUGGGUAUACCUGGCGGCUUACCAAGAGGGGCUAUACCACCGGGAGCUCGCUUCGAUCCUUUCGGUCCACCUGGCGGUCCCAUGCCUGGCCGCCGACCAGCACCACCUGAUGCAGAUCACCUACCGCCUCCCGGCUUCAAUGACAACAUGUUCAUGUAGUUCAUUUUAUAACUAUUACUGUAACUUAUGUUUGUUCACAUCAUAAAUAUGAAUAAAGUUAAUUUGAAAAUA